CUGAAAAAAGAAUGAAAAUGAGAUCAGUGAGAAAGGUCACCAUCACCCUCUUUUUUCUCACAUUCGUAAUUUUUCACUUAGUGUUAAUCAAACCACACUUGUUAGAUAAUAACUUCAUUCAAGAACAAGAAUUGCCUUGCAGUUCGACAGAAUCGAUGCCAAUUAAACGAAUCAUGAUCGUUACAACGUGGAGAUCCGGUUCAACGUUUGUAGGCGACAUCAUCAAAAGCGCACCUGGCGUGUUUUAUUCAUUCGAACCUUUAUUGUAUUUGGACCAUCAUCCAGGAUCAAAAACAGCACUUCUUCAAUCCAUUUUCCAAUGCCAAUUUUCUGCUGAUUUCCUGCGUAGCGUCAAUGGACUCACUGGCCUUCCUAAUGACAUGCAAAGGAAUAGAAGAAUUUGGGAUGAAUGUCAUUAUAAUCGCUCAUUGUGUCAUGAUCCACAAUUUGUUGGCAGUUUAUGCUCCUAUUCCCCAGUCAAUCUCAUUAAAACGGUUCGAUUAAGAGUCAAGGAACUUACGACGCUGAUGGAAAAUGAUCCUUCAUCAAAAGACUGGAAAAUUAUUCACUUAGUACGUGAUCCUCGGGGAACAAUGUCUUCCAGGGACGGAUUAAAGUGGUGCAAAGUCAAUCCGGCUUGCAAUGAUGUCAAUCGCCUCUGCACCGAGUUGGUAGAAGAUUUGGAGUUGAUUAAAGAACUUGCAACUCAAUUACCAAAUCGCCAUUAUUUGGUGAAAUUUGAAGAUUUGGCCACCAAUGUCGAGACAGGGACAGAGAAAUUGUUUAAAUUCUUGGGAAUGCCUGUCCUUAAACCGACCAAAGCCUUUUUGGACAGUCACACGAAAUCCAAUGAUCAAAAAUUGAAAGAAGAUUUCCUGAAUUUUGACCAUUCGACAUUUCGAAAAUCUGACGCUGUCGCUUAUGGCUGGAAGAAAAAAAUGGACGUCAAACUUAUCGCCAACAUUACCUCUAUCUGUGCAUCCGCAUUGGACGCUCUCGAUAACAUCAAAUAAAUUAUAUAUCA